CACUGGAUUAUGGUCUGUGGGCAUAGUAGUCCGUGAUCUCCGGAAUGGAAACUGUGGUCGGGUUUUGAAGUGAGGCGUUUAAAUGUGAAGUGAAAGUAGUUGGAUAUUUCAAUUUUAAAUAAUGAAACUUAAAGGAGACAUAAUUUAUAAUAAAGCAUUGUGGGUUAUAAUAUCUGGCACAAACACAAAUGCAUCUGCAGAUGUUGUUUCUCAUGAGCUGAAACGAGCUCAAAAUCAACUUCAGAAUGGGUUGAAUCAUUUCAAAGACCCCAGUAAAGAAUCUGAGGCUGAAUUCAAGAGCCAGGUGUCUGAUUCAGUUUUCAAAUUUACUAUGAGGCUAAAAAGAUUCUUGGGACUUGAUAUAAAUCAGGCAUGGGACUUCAUGUGUAACUACCUACUGUAUGAGUUCCGUGGUGCUGAAGAAGGACUGCAGGAAUUUAUUGGAAGUGAAACAAGAACAACAGUGUUGUUGUCAGAUAUAUGGUUGUUCUACUGGAGUGAACGCUUGUUCCUUCUCAAGUGUAUAAAUGUUCUCUUAACGUUUCACAGUGACAAAGGCCAUCCUUAUCAGAAUCUUUUUGCAAGUAUACUGUGCCCAGAAGAGCAACCUUUAUUUUGUGACUCGCUGAUAUCACAGCUGGGUAAACUGGUGAGUCUUGAUUAUCCAACUCCGGAGUCACAUGGCACUCUGAUGUCAGAUCAAUUCCAGAAUCUGUGGGUGAUGGCUGUGUUACGUGAAGAACUUGAGUUAGUACAGAACUUGCUGCUUUAUGUUGAUAGCUGUGAACUACAGCUUGAAAGCUUUGUAAAGCUCUUCAAGAUCAUUUUGCAACAUAACUUUGGUCAAGAUCAUCUGUUUGGGGUGCUGCUCAAUGAUAGUCAUGCAGACAUCAUUAAGAAAAUUCGCAAUAUGGAGGUCUUACUUGUGUUGCGUGCAUUGGCAGUUCUAGGAACAAGUGGCAAAAUGUGGGAUGAAAGUCAGUAUGUGAAACUGGAGGAGGUUAUACUGCUCCUGGGGGCCCAACCAGAGCAUGGCCCAAUCAACAUGGCUUGGAUGCUUGUCAAUUUCUCUGGUCCAAAUGGUGAAGAGGUUUUCGAUAACUUUCGGCGGUUUGGAGAGCUUGCUCUCAAAGCAGAAUGCUUUGUAUUCCUAGAACAGAUUCUAAGACACAAAAUGUUUAAGUUGAUGGAAUACCUAAGCUCUUUGCCUGCCUUCUCUGAAGUCCUGGAGCCGAGGGUACUCACCACGCAUAUGAUCGAGAACCCACCAGGAGAAUGGCAGUUAACUUCGGCACACCAACCCAUGGAACACAUACCAUUUGUCAUUCAGCCAGGGACAAAGGGUAUUUUCAAUGAAGAAGAUCCAUCAAGCAUUGUCUGGAAAUGCAGAUUCAACUUCUUCCACGCAGUGCAUCAUGAAAUACUUUCACUUAUAUCACAGGUGCAGGCUCCUGUCGGAUCCAAAACACUAAAUAAUGUCAUAUCUUCACUCAAGUCUUUAACUAAUCUACUGAAGUCAAAAUGCAGGAUAACUGAUGAAAUGAUUGGUCCCCUGGAGACAGUGUUUGUGUUGGCUGACAGGUUCUGUCAAUUAUCAAAUCCUCCAUCUGUGCUUCUGGCAUCAUGUCUGGAUUGUAUGAUGGCACUGAUGUCCUUCUUCCCAGAAGAAGUUUGCACUCGUAUCUCAAAAUUGCAGUUCCUUCCCGGUCUCUAUUAUUAUAACCCAACUCUGAUUGAGUGUAUCCACGCUGAACAUACCAACCUCUUCGUGCUGGGUACACUGGUAGUCACACAGGAGCGGUCGCAUGGGACAUACCCCCUGUUGAAAAGCUAUCUACAGUUCAUACACAGACUGAUGAAGCCAGGGUCUGAAGUAGAAGACCUGAACAGUUCAUCAACUCUCAUCGAUGAAGAUGCAGUGCAAAGCCGAAUUCGUCUAGUGCUUCCAGGAGUGGUUUUCAUACUGAGAGAUGUUUUCCCGAACUACAUGUUUUGGCGAUACGUGGACGAGGGGGAUAGGGAAAUCAUUGCGCUGAGUUGUAUGCAAAUGAUCCAUCAGCUGCUCAGUUUGAAUUUUUCCAAAGAAUCGGCUGCAAACGUCAGUCGCCCAAUCUAUAUUCUGUACAGAGCAUGUCUGUACAGCCUUCUAUUUUUGGAUGCAGGGGCUGCACUGCUGCGGAUUGUUGGAUCAGGUGACCACUACAUCCAGGCUCUUAUGGAGCAACAAGUGAGCUGGGCAGCAGGACGUGGGUUGACAUUCAUUCGUGUGGUACAGCUAGCAUUGUCAGUCCUCAACAGACUUAUGAUCCUGAAGGACUCAAUCAAGGAAGAAGAUAAACCUUGCCCACUGGAACAAAGCAUCUACACACAACCAUCUCAGAAACAUGGUUUGAAGAUUGUGUUGGUAGUAGCCAAUUAUAUAUAUCAUUGCUUCAACCCUAAUCUUCCACCUUUGGCCGUGAAGCUUUUGAGGAGGUUUGCUGUGAAUAUGCCCAAAGCUCUGAUGUCUUGUAUGGGAAUGAAGCCGGAAGUCGUGCGUCACACAUUCAUUGCUCGUCUUAACUCGGAUAUUGAAAGUCCUGCCCUCAAGGUUGCCAUCCUGGAAUUAGUGACAUCCUGCGUAGAACACCAGCCUGCACUUGCAGAUGCAUUUCUGAAUGUUCACUAUCCUGCAGAGUCAAAGCGUAUGUUCCAGAAGAAACAGAAGAAAGAUGAUGUGGAAGGUGGAUGCCUUAUUUUUGCCUGCUCGGUUCUCAAUAACAUCGAAAAGGACCCUGAUGUGGUCACUAGCCCUGUGUAUCAGGCUUUGAUGAACCUUAUUCAUGCUCUAUGGACUGGGCACAAGGAACUAGUUCUCAACUUCUUACGAAGCAGAAGUGACUUUUGGAAUGGUUUCUGUGCACCACUCUUCCAGAAAACAAGCUAUAAUGCUCAAGGUUAUUCCCAGGUUUUUGAUAUUAUCAGCUUGGACUUGUUUUGGUAUGGUGGAAAAGUUGAUGCUAAGUUGGAAGUAAUGUUGACAAGAUUCUUCAAAGAGAAUGACUAUCUUCGAACAUGGUCUAAGUUUGUUGUAGAGUCACUUACUGUGAAGGAACAGCUGAUGGAGGUGUCUGGUGAAGAAAAAUAUCCACAAAAUAUAGCAUUGGCAACUGCCUGGAAGAACUUUCUGAUAGUUGCAAUGAAGCACUUGCCAUUUGAAUUAACACCAGAACAUAAAUACUUUUUAGCAGAUGAUGCCCGCAGAGCACUAAUUCAGGAACUGGAGGAAAUGGGAAGCAUGAAAUCGAUUGUUCUCCUAGCUGAGCUCUGCUUAAUACUCACUACAAAGUGGGGAAGGGACUCCAUAGAAGAUGAAAAAUUGACACUUACUCAGCUGCAUAAAAUUCUUUAUCAUGUGUCACUUUCAUAUGAUGCGUUUCAUAUCCGUGCCAAAGAAGCUAGCCUUGCAUUGGCAUUACGUCUGGUCCACCUGCUUCGUCAUGGAAUUCGGGAGGAUAGCAUCACAGCAGACUGUCUAAUGCAAGCAAGCUGUCAGAUCGUAGGCAUCGAAGUGUACAACUUGCCGUGUAUACCCAGGCUUGAUGACUGCGUGCAGUCCGGAGAGCAAACGCAACAAGAAUGUAAAUCUGAAGAAAUGGAAGAUGAGAAGGGUCAAGAGAAGGAAGUCACCCCAUGUGGUCACAUGACUUGCACACUGAGCCUGUGUCUGAUGCAGAAAUUGCUUAAUAUACUGACCUGGAGUGAUGGAUGGCAGGGUAACUUCAGACAGUGUAAAGUGGUCAGCAAGGUCCUUGCAGCUGUGGGCCACAUCCUCCAUAUGCCUGGGCAAUUCAGUUUUGCUGUAACACUGAUGAAUGUACUUCUGGUGCUCUCUCAGACGGAGUUUUCUGAGAGUAUGAUUCACUCAGGUGUGAUGCAGCACUUGUGGGUGCAGCUUCUUCCUCCAUCGGUACCAGAAGAAGCCACUGAGCAAGUGAAUUCAUCAACAAGACCAAAACAUUGGACAGAACUCAACUGGCCACAAGUGUACAAGCCUGCUCUGGAAAUGCUUACUGUCCUGCUACAGACUAAAAAACAUUUGUUUCUGGAUGAAGUGAUAACAUUCAUGGGAAUUCAUGAGGAACAUAUCAUCGCAUGCAUCAUGGACAUUCGUCACUCACUGGACAAGUGGCCCUUGGAUCUGGCUGUAACAGCUCUCACGUUGAUUCUGGAACUAUCAAAGUACAAGUACACUUGGAGACUUACUCAUGAGAAGUCAAUGUUUGCCAUCAUGAAAGCUGUGAUGGUGUGUCUCAGUAGCUGUGUGUCAUAUCUCAUUCAUCCAAGAUUACUGAAGAUCAUGGUUGAGAGGCCACCGAUAGCCUCAACCCAGCAUCUCAAAGCUAUGGUAACAGAAGAUCCAGAAAUUUCACCACAUCUCAUUAGUAUUCAGAAUAGGCUGUUGGAUGUGGUGUGCUUGUGUAUGGCCACCUUGAUCCCGUAUUCUCCCAGUGUUGUAAGUCUGCUGACUGACUUUCGAGAAUGUGAGGUGGAGUGGGAACCUCUUGUGGAAAUUACUUUCACAGCACCAGCAUUGAGCUUCAGCAGACCUUCCCCCACAAUGUCACAGGAAGUACUACCCUCGUUAACUUUCGGAUCCCUGAUUGCAUUUGCCAAUAUCUGCACCUCGGCUCUUGGCAGAACGGGCCGUACCCCUUCUCCAGGCGUUGGCAGAUGUGUGACAAGUCCAUUGGCAGGUGGUAUGGCUGUGGCAUCAGGCUUAAAUGCAACAUGGGUGUCAACCAUGGACAAAUAUCGUGUAACAAUGGGACUUGAGCUAAGUCUGACUCUGGUGGCAUCACAAGGCAUUACGCAUCUUAUGGACCAUCACUUGUGUCAGUGGGAGAAGCAAAUUAUCAAACGAGAAAUAGGCACUGAAAUGGCCCUUUUCUUGGACUAUGCAAAACGCAACCUACGUAACAUUCGAGAUGGCACUGAAAGUAGCCGCAGUUUUACUGGUGAGGGAAUCAGUUGGAGCCGGUUUCCAGGAUCAGCAGCAGCAAUGGUUCUCUCUAAGCGGCCAUACAGUGCAAGUUCACUUCCUGUAGUUCGACGUCUGUGGCGUGAUUCGCCAUCCAAGGAGACCGAUAACCCAAAGACUCUUGAUACUGCACAUGACACUGAACACUCAAAUUUUGAACUGGAUAAUGUUUUUUCAAGGCAAGCAGGAAGCAGCUUUGAAGUGGAUUCAAGAUCCAUUCCACAUGACAGUGGUAGGCAGGAAUCCAGUCAUGGUACUGCAGACCACAAUAUUAGGCUUAGUGCUGGCUUUCAAGUAUCCGAACAAGCAUGGCAAUCAGUGCGACAGGCAGAAGGAACUCAAGAUUCAGGACCACAGAAAGAAUUAGAUUCAGUGACGUCUGCACUAAGUACUGAGGUGGGUCCAAAAGAGAAAAGCACCAAUGUGGAGGCAAGUCAGACACUGAUAUUCAAACCAAAAGUCAUCCAUUCUGAUCAUAAUGUGAAACAUCAACCUCAGUCUGAGCCUUCAAGUAGUAAACGUAGCUGGUCUUCCGCAAUAGGUGUUCCAGAUACAAAGACUGCUGCUAGUAAGGCUCCCAGGAGUCCUCAGCCUUCGCAGUCAGAUGAUGCUAUAGAAAAUGUUGCUUCUCAGUUUGGUUAUAGUGAAGAUUAUUUUAGAUUAAUGGCUCAUAUUUUUAAUUGCAUCUUUCGAUGAGAUAAAACUAUGUGAUGCUUGAGUUUCAUUUGCAUUGGACAAGGAAUAUAUUGUCAAUAAAUUAA